AUAGGCAUUGUUUUAUCAAUCAGAUUCUUCGAUAUGUUAUAUUUUACUGAUUCCAUUAAAUUUAUAGUAUAUUUAUUACAAAUAUUAUGUGUAGCUCAAAACGCACCGAAUACUUCAGCAGGAAACGACGAAGCUGUAAAAAGAGGUGCUGAGGUACCAACCACAACAACAUCACCGCCGGGUCACCUGAAGCCGCUCGGCUCGCAUCGGCCUCCGGAGCCAGAUGGCAUCGACACAGUCAAUGCCAUUCCAUAUCCGAGGGAAUUUUAUGAAGAAUACGUAAAUAAAGGAAAGCCUCUACUGAUGCGUGGAGCGGCUAGCUUUAUGCCUGCAUUUCAGCUAUGGAAUGAUGAAUUUUUAAAAGAGAAAUACGGUCAUUUAACAGUAGAAGUCGAGGAGGGCAAGAAAGAGAACCGGUCAUUGGGAUUGUGGGAAAUGACGCUGAGGGAAUACAUUGAUCAGUACAAUAAUAAAGAUAUCUACUUAGUGGAGAGUAUUAAACCUGCUAUGAGGGAGGACUUUUACCUGUUGAAGUGCAUAUUGUGCGGAGGCUUUGUUGAUAACCUUCAAGAUGCUGUCUUAUGGUUCAGUAGUGGAGGAACUAAAUCUGUUUUACACUAUGAUGAAGUCGACAAUAUCAACUGCAUCAUGGAUGGGAAGAAGGAAUUCUUUAUGGUAGACCGGAAAAACCAUGCUUUUAUCGAUAUUGAUGCCCCUGAAGGGAGUUACUCUGAAGUAGACGUUGAGAAGGCAGACUUGCUCAAGUACCCGGGCUUAGGAGAAGUGCCAUGGUUUAAUGUCACAAUGGAAGCAGGAGAUUGUUUUUACAUUCCUUACAAAUGGUUCCAUCAAGUUAAGUCUUCAGGACGAAAUUUAGCAGUGAAUGUGUGGUUUAAUCAUGUGUGGCGUUUCAAUCACACAGAUUGUGAUAUUAAGCAGCCUAGGGUGCAUGCACCCCUUAGCCUCUUCAAAUUUGUAGACACUAAGGAAGAAAUAAGGCAACAUAUUAUGUCUUUAAUGGAUGACCUCAAUGUGCAAUAUCUGAGUGUAACAGAUUACAAUGACCUUGCCCUGGCAUUGGACCUAGAUGAACAAGACAUAGAAUUGGUUUUUUCUUAUAUAGAUGCAAAUCUCGAUAGUAACAUCACAGUGGAUGAGGUGUUGAACGUUAAUAUUGCAAAGAUGAUUGCCUUCUUGCCAGAAAUCUUUCAGGACUACCAAACUGAAGAUGAAAGCUCAAAAAUAAGCACCAGGGAUGAAUUGUGAGUAGAAAGGGAGGUUGUCUUUUUCAAGGUGAGACCCAGUGAGGUGGGAGCAAAAGUGAAAAGAAACUUUUUAUUGUGCAUGAGUGGUACCUAUCUGCAUAAGAAUCAUUUCUUGUUUUAUGAAAUUUAAAUCGCAACUCUAAAGAAGAGUUUUGAACGCUUAAUUUAAACAGGUGAAUUUUAAAGUUUUACCUGUAUGUAAAUUGCAAACUUGAUGUAUAUACUUUAAAUUAUGUCAUUCUUCAUGUAUUAGCCCUUGCAAUGAAAAUAUAGGCUAUUUGGCAAUUUCAUGCCUCAAUAAUUUGCAUUCCCUUAAGUGCCUUCACGAUUAUGCAUAGAUAGUUAUUUUUAAGUUUUUAAAAGUAGAUUUUAUUGAAUAUACACAUUUUUAGAUCAUGUACUUCAAGGAUUAAGGACAUAACAUUUCUUUUGAAACAUACUUUGUAGUAAACUCAGUGCUUGUUCUGUGUGGACUAACUUUAAAGAAAUAAUGCCAGGUUUUGAUGUAAUAAACUUUAGGGAAAAUCAAUUUCUUUGUAUAUUUUGAAAUAAACUCUUACCAAUUUUUGUAGCAAAAUGUAUGUAAAUAAAAAAAAAAAGCCUUCACAGUUUCAAUAUGUGUUUUAUAUGAACAAUUGAUGGUUUAGUUAAAUCUUUUAAUAUUUUAGUACCAAAAGGUACUGUGUAUCUAAAAACCUUACAAAAGUGAAGAAACAAAGAAGGUGCUUUUCUUUCAUACUUGUUUGCUUUUUUUUUUAUUCAAGAUUUAUAUUUAAGCUCACAAUUAUACAAAUAAUUAAAUAUUUAUAAUGCGCCAGUUUCACUUUGUUGUAAUAGUGCUGCAUGUGUUUCUAUCGUCAGAAGAAUUUUCAUUUAGUGGUCUUAAGGUUUAUGUACCGAGUUCCAGUCUUACAAUGGCUUAGGUUCGAUUUAUCCACAAUACAGUACUUGUUUAUCAAUCUUUACAAACACAAGAGUUGAAAUCUUUUAUGGACCAACUGCAAGUAUUAAAAAUGGAAAUAACAGAA